AAGUUCUAGACGGGGCUGUGUUUUUGGGUCGUGACGCACCGCGUUAGAGGGCGAGGGACAGACUCAUAUAGAAGUUGGGUGUCGGUUUCACGCUGAAGUAAUGAAUCCCGGCGUGCCAGCGGCAAACGGGCGAUUCUGACUGAAUUCUGUACUAAAGCGGACGUUAAAAGAGCGUCAGUUCCUGUGAUCCGCGUCUUGGGAGUCGGGACCGACUGACGUUAGCGCCUCUCCGAGAUACCCUAGCCCUGUUUACAGAAGCACGGCUCCUCCUGGCUGGAUACAGUUCUAAAAAAGGUGGACUAAGCUGAAGGCCGCGAUGGUGGAUUACUAUGAUGUUCUGGGAGUGUCACGAAAUGCUUCUCCAGAUGACAUCAAGAAAGCUUACAGGAAACUGGCUCUACGGUGGCACCCUGACAAAAACCCAGACAACAAGGAAGAGGCAGAGAAAAAAUUUAAGGAGAUAGCAGAGGCCUAUGAAGUUCUUUCAGACAAAAGCAAACGAGAUGCUUACGACAGAUACGGUAGAUCAGACAUGCCAAGCUCGGGCUCUAGUGGUUCUUCAUUUCCUGAUGACUUCCCAGGAUUCAGCUUCACAUUCCGCAGCCCAGACGAGGUGUUUAGAGAGUUCUUCGGAGGGCAGGACCCAUUCGCAGACUUCUUUGAUGAUUUCUCAUUUGGUGGAAUGCACAGUGGGUUUCACAGCUCCUCCUCCAGGCUUGGGCCCAGUCGCUUCUUCUCCUUCCCCUCAGCAAAUGCUGAUUUCACCUCCUUCUCUUCUUCGAUGGAUGGGAUGGGCAGCCUGGGAGGAGCAAACUUCAAGUCUGUUUCUACUUCCACCCGCAUUGUCAAUGGAAAACGUAUUACCACUAAAAAGGUCAGAGAAAAUGGCCAGGAGAGAACAGAGGUUGAGGAGGAUGGGGUUUUGAAAACAGUCCUCAUCAAUGGUGUGGAGGAUGAGAUGGCCUUAGCUCUGGAACUGAGUCGUAGAGAGCAGUCCAUUCAGCCUCCCAGACAAUCCCAGCAUCCACUGCUCCACCCCUCAAACACCAGCUCUUCAAACCCCGCCCUUCGCUCCUACAGCGCCGCCCCGUUCUACCACUGUCCCGAUGCCGGUGAAGAUGAGGAGGAUGAAGACCUGCAGAUGGCGCUGGCCUACAGCUUGUCGGAGAUGGAGGCCCAGCAGCGGGCAGAGGACGUGAUCUCAGGUGCUGGGGGAGGGAGGGGGAAGCAACCAGGUGGUGGGAUGGGUACCGUUCAAAAAAACCCAGAUCAGAAAGAAGUACCAGAUAAUUCAACACAAAGCACCCCCUCGUCUCCUGAGGAUAGACUGACAGAACAGGGCCGGGCUAGAGGUUCAGAAAGUGUUGUUGUACAGGACAAGGAGAAUGACAAAAUGGCAGCCAAUGGGCCUAAUGUAGUAAAAAAGAGGAGGAAGUGUCAGUGCGUGGUCUGUUAGUAAGAAUAUGGAGAAUAAUCAUGCUUGUGUGAAAUGAGCAGAGUUUUAACCUUAUGUUUUCAUCUUAUGGUUGAUUUUUUUGUUAAUCCUUCCUGAAGUUUUUGACUGUGCUUUGACUUACAGCUCUGUUUUUUAUGGCAUUGCACAAAUGACUGUUGAAAUUUUAUUUUCUUGCAUUGUGGUACGAGUAUUAGGUGCCAAUAUCAAAGGCAGAAAAUUUUACAGGAGAUUUUGAAGGAACUGUUUGCAAUAUUUCAGAACCCCAUGCACAAAAUGCCCUGCUGUCUGACAGAUAUCACUGAAAUGGGUGUCUUGGGAUAUUAUUUGCCAGCAUUUAUUCUGUAAAUGGUGAAAAUUGUCACUAGUCACUAUUUUAGACAAUCAGAAAAACUGUCUGCCUGUGAGUUGUCUGGCAUUGCUGGCAUCUGGUUGACAGACAUGUUUUUACAGGGUGCGAUUUGGGGAUUUUGGAGAGCAGGUAUAUUGUUAGCAAAAUGGUAAAAGUUAAAGGGUUAGUUCACUCAAAAAAAAAAAAAUUGCCAGUGUUUUACUCACCCUCGAGGCAUCCGAGGUGUGUAUGACUUUCCUCUUUCGGACAAAUCCAAUCAAAAGUUAUAUAAAAAAAAAAAAAAAUUGUCCUGGCUCUACCAAGCUUCAUCAUUGACACCAAAUAAAGUGUGCGCAUCUAUAAUAAAAGACACGACUUCGGGCGUGAAAAAAGGCUUCUUGUAGUGAAUCCAUGCAUAUUCAUUGAAAUAUCCAUAUUUCAAACGUAAUGAAUACUUCUCUCUCACACAUCUGACUGUCGUAUGCAGAAGCCGUUCCAGUGGACGUAUGUGCAGCAUGCGCACCUCUGAGAUAUGCUAGUCUCGCGGGUUUGUUUACAGGAGCAAAGGAAGCAACGUUUCCUUACUUUAGCAAAGGAAAACCAGUCUCCUCUUGGCUUAUAUUGAAAUCCUCCAACAUUUUCCUCGGUUUGUACUUCUCAAUCUUGACCAGUUUUUUAUUUUUAUUUUUUUCUCUCUCUGAAUCAUGCAACGCCAACAUCUUCAGUCAUCCACCGGAACAGCUUCUGCAUAUUACAGUCAGAUGAAGUGAGAGAGAAGUUUUUAUUACGUUUGAUUUAUGGAUGCACAUUUUAUUAUGGAUGCACGAGUUUUAUGUGACAUCUUGUGAACUAUUGAAAAAAUAAAACCUCUAGGAUGAGUAAAACAUAGUCUUAUUUUCAUUUUUGGAUGAACAUUAUGGCUGAAAUCUCUCACAGCAACUUUUUUGCUGCCGAACAAAGAUAAAUUCUCUGCAAUUACAUUUUCAUUCAGAUGAAAUAAAUUGCUACUAAGUUGCUACACUCGAAACCAGUAGAUCCCGCAGUCUUGGAAAACCUGGAUAUAUGAGGUUACCCUAAUUUUAUUGUGAUUUAGUGUGAUUUCUAAGAUUGGAAAAGUAAUGUUAAUUAAAAAAAAUCAUAUAACUCCAUGGGAUUAAAAAAAAAAAAAAAAAAAAACUUUAUCCAGUAAAUUCUGAAAAACUGUAAAGUCAUGAGACUUUUGAAUAUUGUUUUGAACAAUGGGUGGUUCUGGAGUCAGAAAGGUUUAGUACCACUGCUCUAAACAGUUUUAAUGGCUUGAAAAGCAUUUAAAUGGAUAUCUUUUAUCUGAUUAGUUGACGUCACAUCCCAUUCCCAAUGAACCUUCCAUUUAUUUUUUCAGCAGUGAACAACUCCGUUUCAUUUGCAUUCAUAUUCAUUAGUAUUGGUCAUUCUAGAACGGAGAUUCUCUGUUUCGGGUCUCAGUGAGUUAUAUUUAUUUAUUGGCCAUUUGUCAUUCCUUCAAAGGUACCUGUUGAAUGUGAACUUGAUGUUGUUUUUUUGUGGGGGGCGUGGAUAAUCAGCCUCUGAGGACUCAUGUGAUUAGCAAUAAUUCAGUGACUAACGGCUAGUCACUAAAAUAAUGUAGAAUCCAGAAUGAUCUCAGUUAAUGAGGAAGUGCCAAAUAACUGACCGUAGAACUUGCAUCAUUAGUUUUAUAUGUAUCAGAAUUACUCAGUAUUGAUAUUUAGUUUGUGCCUUUUUUUUGUUAGAAUAGGAAUGCUAGGCUAUUGCUGCCAAUGAUACAGUAUAUACAGUAUUUCACUUGCCAGUUUGUGUUUAAGUUAGCCAAAGAAGCACUUUUCUUUACUUGUUUGUGCAUUUUGUUCCAUAAUAACUAUCAGCUUUGUGAUAUAAAAUAUACAAUCAAAAUAUCAAUACAUGAACAUUUGUUUUGAUUUUAAUAAAAAUAAAUAAAUAAGCACAGGAAGAUUGAAUGUAAUGCUUUGUGAAUAUUAAAAAAAAAAGUAAUAUGCUCAGUGCUCAAAGUGCCAUUUAAAUGACUAACUUGUUAAUAAAUGCUGUUUCAACAUGAUGUUGUAAGGAAUGGAGAAAAGGUGAGGAAAAAAUAAACUGUAAAAUAUAUUCUGUUCACUACAUUCAAUUCAUUUUCAAUUUUAAGGAUAAGUAUUUUUGAUGGACUGCUAACGGUUAUCAAUUUUCUACCAGUUCACCUGAUUAAAACAGCAGAUUUUAUUUUAUAAACUACUAAGCCUUUAAAUAAAUAAAAAAAUAAGCAGCGGAGAUGCUUUGCAUUAUUGAAAUCCCUUUCCACUAGCUUUCACAAGCCACCAUUCACUAUUCAGCAUGUAAUUCUCAGAUUUGAUCAUUCCCACUCCUCAUAUGCAUUCAUUAUGUUUAUAAUUUUUUCUUCCUGACUCAUUCUCCCUGC